ACCAACUACAGAAGCGCUCCAACUCUUCCUUUGCCAGGACGCCCCCGGGCUGCCUCCCGACACGUUCUUUCCCCCCAAAGACGUGCCUAGAAGCGACACCGCUCCUCUCCUCGCUCUCCAUCCUCGUGGGGACCAGAGGCGCACAUCUGGCUGGAGGCAUCUCAGCAUCUUUCCUCCCCGCACCCCAGUCUGCACCCCUGCAUCCCCAACACCCCUCGGUCCACGCAUCCCUUCGAAAGACAGUGAUGCUCUGCUCUUAGCCCCUCGGGCCUCAUCAGGAUGUCGGGAAACCCAGAGGCCCUGAGCCGGCUCCGGGGGACCUCUCUCCGCAGCCUGGGUGGGACCCUGGACUCCAGCCUGGUGAUGGUGCCCAUGGACCUGGAAAAGGAGGAGGUGCGCAUCCUCAAGGUGUGCUUCUACAGCAACAGCUUCAACAUGGGCAAGAACUUCAAGCUGGUGAAGUGCACCGUGCUCACCGAGAUCCGGGAGGUCAUCAACUCCAUCCUUCUGAGCGGCCGCAUCGGGCCCGACAUCGAGCUGGCCGAGUGCUACGGGCUGCGUCUCAAGCACGUCAAGUCGGACGAGAUCCACUGGCUGCACCCGGCGCUGACAGUGGGGGAAGUGCAGGAGAAGUACGAGUGCCUGCAUCUCGAGGCCGAGUGGAGGUAUGACCUUCAGAUCCGCUACCUGCCUGAGGAUUACAUGGAGCGCUUCAUGGAGGACAGGACCACUUUGCUGUAUUUCUACCAGCAGCUCCGGAGCGACUACAUGCAGAACUACGCCAGCAAAGUGAGCGAGGGCAUGGCCCUGCAGCUGGGCUGCCUUGAGCUCAGGAGGUUCUACAAGGACAUGCCUCACAACGCGCUGGAUAAGAAGUCCAAUUUUGAAUUCCUGGAGAAGGAGGUUGGGCUGGACCUGUUCUUCCCAAAGCAGAUGCAGGAGAAUCUGAAGCCCAAGCAGUUUCGGAAGAUGAUCCAGCAGACCUUCCAGCAGUACGCCUUGCUGCGCGAGGAGGAGUGCAUCCUCAAGUUCCUCAACACGCUCGCCGCCUUCACCCACAUCGACCAGGAGACCUACCGCUGCGAGCUGGUCCAAGGGUGGAACAUCACCGUGGACCUGGUCAUUGGGCCCAAGGGUAUUCGGCAGAUGACGAGCAAGGAAGCAAAGCCCACCUGCCUCGCUGAAUUCAAGCAGAUCAAGUCCAUCAAGUGCUCCAGCAUGGAGGAGGGCACAGCCGUGCUGCAGCUGGGGCUCUCUGGGACCCCCCAGUCCCUGACCAUUAAAACCUCCUCCCUGGCCGAGGCGGAGAACAUGGCUGACCUCAUCGACGGCUACUGUCGCCUGCAGGGAGACCCGGAAACCUCCCUCAUCCUCCGUCCCAAGAAAGAGACCGAGAAGAGGAUCAGCCUGCCCCAGAUCCCCAUGCAGGACGUCGAGGACAGACGGUCCACCCUGACUGAGAGCAUGAGCAUCGACUCGGACAUCUAUGCUGAGAUCCCCGAAGAAGGUUUGAGACCCAGGUCUGGAGUCCAGCAGUAUGGGAUCUCCCGGGAGGACGUCACUCUGGGCAGGAUCCUAGGUGAGGGCUUCUUCGGGGAGGUGUAUGAAGGCAUCUAUACCAACCCGAAGGGGGAGCGGAUCAACGUGGCUGUGAAGACCUGCAAGAACGACUGCAGCCCUGAGAACAAGGAGAAGUUCAUGAGCGAAGCGGUGCUGAUGAAGAAGCUGGACCACCCCCAUAUCGUGAGGCUCAUCGGCAUCACGGAGGAGGAGCGCAUCUGGAUCAUCAUGGAGCUGUACCCCUAUGGGGAGCUGGGGCAGUACCUGGAGCACAACAAGAACUCGCUGAAGGUGCUGACGCUCAUCCUAUAUGCGCUGCAGAUUGGCAAGGCCCUGGCUUACCUGGAGGCUAUCAACUGUGUGCACAGGGACAUCGCCGUGAGGAACGUCCUGGUGGCUUCGUCCGAGUGCGUGAAGCUGGGGGACUUUGGCCUCUCCCGGUACAUUGAGGACGACGAGUAUUACAAAGCUUCCGUGACCCGGCUCCCCAUCAAGUGGAUGUCUCCUGAGUCCAUCAACUUCCGCCGCUUCACCUCCGCCAGCGAUGUGUGGAUGUUCGCCGUGUGCAUGUGGGAGAUCCUGAGCUUCGGGAAGCAGCCCUUCUUCUGGCUGGAGAACAAGGAUGUGAUCAGCGUGCUGGAGAAAGGCGACCGCCUGCCCAAGCCUGACAACUGCCCGCCCAUCCUCUACACCCUCAUGACGCGCUGCUGGGACUACGACCCCAACGAGAGGCCCAAGUUUAAGGAGCUUGUCUGCAACUUGAGUGACAUUUACCUGAUGGAGAAGGACAUCGCCAAGGAGCAGGAGAGGAACAAUCGCCACCGGCCUCCCAAAAUCAUGGAGCCCUCCUCCUUCCAGGAUCCACCUCCUAAGCCCAGCCGGCCGAAAUACAAGCCGCCUCCACAGACCAACCUGUUGGCUCCCAAGCUGCAGUUCCAGGUGCCCGAGGGCCUGUGUGCCAGCUCGCCGACGCUCACGAGCCCCAUCGAGUACCCAUCGCCUGCCAACUCCCUGCAUACCCCGCCGCUCAACCGCCAUAAUGUCUUCAAGCGCCACAGCAUGAGGGAGGAGGACUUCCUCCGGCCCAGCAGCAAAGAGGAGGCCCAGAAGCUGUGGGAGAUGGAGCGGGUGAAGAUGAGGCAGCUGCUGGACAAACAGCAGAGGCAAAUGACGGAGGAUUAUCAGUGGCUGCAGCAGGAGGAGAAAUCCCUGGACCCCAUGGUGUUUAUGAACAACAACGCUCCUCCUCUACUCCCGGAGAAGGAGACCGACUACAAUGGUGUAGCUGAGUUCACGGGCCCACCGCAGAAACCUCCCAGGUUCGGUGCACAGCCGUUCCAGUCAGCCCCCACGGCCAACUUGGACCGGACGGACGAUGCCGUCUACAGCAACGUGACAGACCUGGUGAAGGCCGUGCUGCAGCUGAAGAACGAGAUCUGCCAGCUGCCUCCCGAGGGGUACAUCAUCGUCGUGAAGAACGUGGGUCUCUCCCUGCGGAAGCUGAUCGGCAGCGUGGACGAGAUCCUGCCCGUCCUGCCCGCGGCGUCCCGCACCGAGAUCGAGGGUACCCAGAAGCUCCUGAACAAGGACCUGGCCGAGCUGAUCAAUAAGAUGCGCCUGGCUCAGCAAAACGCGGUCACCUCGCUGAACGAGGAGUGCAAGCGCCAGAUGCUCACGGCCUCCCACACGCUGGCCGUGGACGCCAAGAACCUCCUGGACGCCGUGGACCAAGCCAAGGUCCAAGCCAGCCUGGUGAAGCUCUCGCUGGAGUGAGAGGCAGGGCAAGGAGGAGCGAGCGAUGCAGCUGGCGGGGCACGGGAGAGGAGCCUGCCCCGGAGGACGUGGCUUUCUGUAUCUUCUCUGGCCUCGACGUGCUGCCCCUUCCCCGCAGUCUCUCUCAUGUCUUUGAUAUCGUCGUGUCGGUUGUCCGAAUCCAGGCAGGGGGCUCCCGGGGCCAACGCUGGCGGGGAGGGGGGGAUUGGCCGUCUUCCUGGGUCCGGCAGCCUGGGCGGCUGGGGACAAGCCUGCUUCCACGGGCCACGGGGUGGGGUGGCGCUAGGCCACGGCCAGCACUGGCUAGUCCGCCCGGGCAGGGAGCUGGUCGAGCCGUUCUCCUUCCCCAGAGGUGGUCGCAUCAGUUCAGGGGACCCCCGCGGGGUGAGGAUGCCCGUGCUGCGGUGGGCUGAGAGCUGCACGUUCCCCGCAUGCCUCUCUGGACGCGGUCCACCAGCCCCCGUGAGCUCGGGGGGGGCGCAGGAUCUUCCUUUCCUUGUACAUUGUACAGAAGAGUUUAUUUAAUGACCCCCGGGUGGUCCGCGGGCCUCUCUGGGACCCGCGCUUCUCGUGCGCGAGCCGCCCAGCACCAAACAGCGCCCGGCCCUUUCGAUCUGGUUUGUCGUCCGAUUCAUCCGUGUCCGGUCCUGGGCUUUUCCCGUGAGUUCCCACGAAGCUGUUUGUUCUGGCCGAGAUAAACCAUGUACA